AUGUUUACUUCAACUGUUGAAGUUUUACAAAAUAUAAUUGAUGAUACAAUUGAUGGAGAACAUCGGGCAGAAGUAGAGUCAGUUUAUGAGGAUUUAACUUUAUUUGAAUUUGUCUUCACCUUGUAUCUUGAGAAGGAAACUAUGAAGAUCACUAAUAAACUUUGUCAAGCUUUACAAAGCCAAUCUCAAGACAUUUUAAAUGUCAUGCAUUUAGUUUCGUCUACUAAAACAUUUAUCCAAAAAUUUAGAGAUGAUGGGUGGAAUGGCUUACUCACUACUAUGAUAUCAUUUUGUGAGGAGCAUUGCAUUGAUGUCCUAGAUAUGAAUGCUUAUUAUGUUUCGAGGCGAGGUCGAGCUCGUAAUCAACAAGAUAAUGUUACAAUUGAGCAUCAUUAUCGAGUAAAUAUUUUUUAUGCUACAAUAGAUUCUCAACUACAGGAACUAAAUUAUCGGUUUAAUGAAGAUGCAAUGGAGUAA